CAACGCGUAUACAACCACCGAAAGCACAAGGCAUCAGCCCAGACGCCAACGCCACCCAACCCAAGCUCUCGAACUCGAAGCGCCCACCCUCUCUGACCGCGGCGCCGGCGGCGAGCCGCGGCGGAGGCCGGCCGAUGGGGUCCAACGAGGCGGACAAGCCGCUGCGGCGGAUCGGCGCGUCGUUCGAGCAGCUCGCGGCCGUCGCGAAGCAGCAGCAGCCGCAGCAGCCCGCGAUGGCGGCGGGGGACUUCUCGCGCGCCUGCUCCAACGUCUCCGUCCUCUUCGGCUGCCUCGGCAUCGCCUUCAAGUUCGCCGAGAUGGACUACGUCGCCAAGGUUAAUGAUUUACUGGAGGCAUCCAAGACGAUUUCAACAUUGCCCUCCAUGGUUGAGCUUGACAUUCAGAAGGGCACUGUCAGGCAGGCGGGGAGCCAUACGAGGAAUCUACUGAGGGUUAAGCGUGGGAUUGAUAUGGUGAAAGUUCUGUUUGAGCAGAUAUUGGUCACAGAAGGCAACUCCCUGAAGGACGCAGCGUCGAAGGCUUAUGCUCAGGUGUUUGCUCCUCACCAUGGCUGGGCCAUAAGGAAAGCAGUUGGUGCUGGAAUGUAUGCCCUCCCUUCCAAGUCGCAGCUCUUGAAGAAACUGAAUGAAGAUGAAAAUUCGGCAAGGGCUCAAAUGCAGAGUUUCGUCAGGUCGUCUGGACCAGUAAUUCUCUACGUCGAAGACCUCUUCACCUCCAAGAAUUUAGGGCUAGACUGGUGAGCAAAGCCUAUACAAAGAGACUUCCAAUGUACUAAUGCAACUAGAUGGUGUGCUGUGACCUCAAACAACUGUAGCUGGUUUUGGUGUUUGAGUUCGAGAGUUCAGAGUUGUGACCUAAAUUCAAUAAGCUGUGCUGCUACCGUGGAGGUUCUUGACGGGGUGGAUACGGGAGCCGUUGUUACAAACCUGAAAUUCCAGCUUAUCUGUAAGCUGUUAAACUGGAAUGCUACCCUGCAAUGUAUGAUGUAACAACAUGAAAUUCCAGCUUAUCUCUAAGCUGUUAAACUGGAAUGCUACCUGCAAUGUACUAUGAUGCAUGCCAUAUGCAUCUUUGAGAA